CAUCAACUGUCACAAUCUAUUAUUUUUACUGAUAACAAUUGCUGCUGGUUCAUCCACGACGCAACCAGAUGUUUAAAUUAUUAGUAAUUCCAACACUCCUACUCCCAACAUCAGUCCAAACGAAAGCUUCCUAACAAGUAGGUAAAUAACACAAAAAAUGGAUUUCAAAGUGUGGCCAAUCAAUGAUUCUAUACAGUGUCAACAGUUGACGGCCGAAUAUGUGGACGAGACUCUAAAUUUAAUAGACAUUUCCUUUUUCCGGUACGAAAACGUAAGCAAAGUUCUUGAGAUCGCAAAAGAUCCAGAAGCUUUAAAAGAACUUCGCCAAUUAACCUCAGCAGCGGCCAAAGAUGGAGUAACGCUCAUAGCAAUCGACAAGACUAAGAACAAAGUUGUUGGUGCGGCCUUAAAUAAGCUACAAGUGAGGGACAAUCCAGCCUUUGAAACCCUUUCCAAAUCCUGGAAAAAUCCCAAAUCAAAAGCCAUCGUUCAACUGAUGGUCGAAAUCGACAGCCUUUGCAAUCUUUUUGACCACUGCAAAACCGACUGCAUAUUAGAAUUAAUGUUUCUGACGACCUUGCCGGAGUACAGAGGUCAAGGCAUUGGACUAAAACUCGCUGAGGCGACUCUCGACGUUGGUAGAAGUUUACUGAAAGGAACCAACGUCAAGAAGCCUGUAGAUGGGCAAAAACUUAGUCUAGAACCAGCACCGAAAAUCGUUUCUGCCAUCUUCACCACCAUCAUCACGCAAAAAAUCGGAAGGAAACUGGACUGGACGAUUGUGGCUAAAAAGGACUUCGAGGAGUUUGAGUUUGAGGGCAAAAAUUUUGGGACGGUUAUUGGCAAGGAGACGCCCACUGUUACAUUGGAAUAUAAGAGUUUGUUGUAAGAAUAAGACAUUCUGUUUUUGCUCAGCUCAAGAUUCGUAUAUUUUAUAAAUUAAUUAAAGAUUAUUACGUUUUGAGGAUC